AGGCAUGCUGGCUGGAGCAGUGUGCAGAGCCGCGGCUGGGUCCUGCUCCCGCCUCGGAGCCCCUGGCCCGGGGGAGGGGGAGAGGCCGUUAGCCCGGUCUAUGUCUUUUUCUGACUCCAGUGCAACCUUCCUGCUGAACGAGACUCUCCAAUCCCAGGGUUCAGCUGAUUCCUACACCAGCCGCCCCUCUCUGGACUCAGACGUCUCCCUGGAGGAGGACCGGGAGAGUGCCAGGCGAGAAGUGGAGAGUCAGGCUCAGCAGCAGCUGGAGAGAGCCAAGCACAAACCUGUGGCAUUUGCUGUGAGGACCAAUGUCAGCUACUGUGGGGUACUGGAUGAGGAGUGCCCGGUCCAGGGCUCUGGAGUCAACUUUGAAGCCAAAGAUUUUCUGCACAUUAAAGAGAAAUACAGCAAUGACUGGUGGAUCGGGAGGCUAGUGAAAGAGGGUGGAGACAUCGCCUUUAUCCCUAGCCCCCAACGCCUGGAAAGUAUCCGGCUCAAACAGGAACAGAAAGCCAGGAGAUCUGGGAACCCUUCUAGCCUGAGUGACAUUGGCAACCGGCGCUCUCCUCCUCCAUCUUUAGCCAAGCAGAAGCAAAAGCAGGCGGAACAUGUUCCCCCUUACGAUGUGGUGCCCUCCAUGCGGCCUGUGGUGCUGGUGGGACCCUCUCUGAAAGGUUAUGAGGUCACAGAUAUGAUGCAGAAGGCUCUCUUCGACUUCCUAAAACACAGGUUUGAUGGCAGGAUCUCCAUCACGAGAGUCACAGCUGACCUCUCACUGGCAAAGCGUUCUGUGCUCAACAACCCUGGCAAAAGGACCAUUAUCGAGCGUUCCUCUGCCCGCUCCAGCAUUGCUGAAGUGCAGAGUGAGAUUGAGCGCAUUUUCGAGCUGGCCAAAUCCCUGCAGCUAGUGGUGUUGGAUGCUGAUACGAUCAACCACCCAGCACAGCUAGCCAAGACCUCGCUGGCCCCCAUCAUCGUCUUUGUCAAAGUAUCCUCACCAAAGGUACUCCAGCGACUCAUCCGCUCCCGAGGGAAGUCACAGAUGAAGCACCUGACUGUACAGAUGAUGGCAUAUGACAAGCUGGUUCAGUGCCCCCCGGAGUCCUUUGAUGUGAUUCUGGAUGAGAACCAACUGGAGGACGCCUGUGAGCACCUGGCUGAGUAUCUAGAGGUUUACUGGCGAGCUACCCACCAUCCAGCACCUGGCCCUGGACUUCUGGGUCCUCCUAGUGCCAUCCCUGGACUUCAGAACCAGCAGCUGCUGGGGGAGCGAGGUGAGGAGCAUUCACCCCUGGAACGGGACAGCUUGAUGCCCUCAGAUGAGGCCAGUGAGAGCUCCCGCCAGGCCUGGACGGGAUCUUCACAGCGCAGCUCCCGCCAUCUGGAGGAGGACUAUGCAGAUGCCUACCAGGGCCUGUACCAGCCUCACCGCCAACACACCUCGGGGCUGCCCAGUGCUAAUGGGCACGACCCCCAAGACCGGCUCCUAGCCCAGGACUCGGAGCACGAUCACAAUGACCGGAACUGGCAGCGUAACCGGCCUUGGCCUAAGGAUAGCUACUGACCACCUCCUGCCCUACCCUGGCAGGCACAGGCACAGCGGCUGGGGUAACCACCUCAAGCAGGUUGGAGUUAAACUGGCAUUAGGCUGCCACUAGGUUCAGCUCCCACAACCCCCUGCCCAGCCCCUGGUCCAGGGCUGACUGUGGUCCCAAGGUUCUGGGAGAAGCAAGGGGCCCCCUCACCUCCUGGGCACAGUGACCCCGUAGGUUCUCAUCCCAGGUACUAGCUGUGAUCUGCAUCCUCGGCACCUUCCUCACCUGCACAAGAAGCUGCCCCAGUGGGCAAUGAUCUCAGGCCAGGAUCACUUAGCGGGGAACUUCCAACCAGAAUGGAUGCCCCUCUAAUAACAGGAGAGUGGAAGUAAUGGCAAUAUAAUCUAAGCCCUAACAAGGUACUCCACUCACCUCACUGCCACACAUCAGAAAUGAAACAAUCAGAGCUCAACAUGGUGGCACUCAUGUACCAUCAGCUGGGGUGGGCAUUUACACCUAAGACAGGAGCAGUGCAGGUGAGGCUGGACAGACAACUCACAGCGGAAGCUCUGGUAGAAAAAGGCCCUCCUCUCCAAACCAGGAAGCUUAGCAUCUGGCAAGACUAGGGAACUGGAGCAUGGUGAAGCCAGAAGCCAGCCUGGACUGCGGGGGAGGGAGGAACAGCUUCCGGCCCCUUGCCUUUCUCAUUCAUUUGCCCUUGCAUCUGUCAUUUCUGUUCUUUUCCCUCCAUGCCUCCUGCAAGAUCAGGGCUCCCUGACUCAUAGCUGCCGCUUGUUAAGUUAGGGUUAGAGAGGAUAUUAGGACACAGUGGAUGGCCCCCAGAGGCUGUCUGCCUGGCUACCCUUGCCUUAUGGCUCUAGCGUGUGACCCACAGAGCAUGCUCCAUCGAGAACCUGCCCCACCUCAUUGUCAUCUCCAAUAAAACACCAUGCACAGUCCCUUGCAUGUCUCUGGUA